CCCGACUGAAGAGCAGAUCUGAAACCUAAAACACUCAACCAGAAAGAUGUCGGUGGCUUGUAUGGCUUUGAGUCGGAAUGUUUUGUCUGCGAGGAAUUCAGGCGCUAUGGUGAUGGUGCGGCACGCUCAGACCGCGUCUGCUCCGGCUCCUGAACCCAGGAUCAAGAAGUUCCAGAUCUACCGCUGGGACCCUGACACCCCUGGAGACAAACCACGCAUGCAGACAUAUGACAUUGAUCUUAAUAACUGUGGUCCCAUGGUUCUGGAUGCCCUCAUCAAGAUCAAGAAUGAGAUGGACCCCACACUCACAUUCAGACGCUCCUGCAGAGAGGGUAUCUGCGGCUCAUGUGCCAUGAACAUCAAUGGAGGCAACACACUGGCAUGCCUCAAUAAAAUAGACAGUAAUACAAGCAAACCAACCAAAAUCUAUCCGCUCCCACACAUGUAUGUGGUUAAAGAUCUGGUGCCUGACAUGAGCAACUUCUAUGCACAGUACAAAUCUAUCGAACCUUACCUGAAAAAGAAGGAUGAAGCUCAAGAAGGGAAAGAGCAGUAUUUCCAGUCAGUGGAGGACAGGCAAAAACUGGACGGCUUGUACGAGUGUAUCCUCUGUGCCUGCUGCAGCACCAGCUGUCCCAGCUACUGGUGGAACGGAGACAAGUAUCUAGGACCUGCUGUGUUAAUGCAGGCGUACCGGUGGAUGAUUGACUCCCGUGAUGAAUUCACUGAGGAACGUCUGUCUAAACUUCAGGACCCCUUCUCUCUCUACCGCUGCCACACUAUCAUGAAUUGCACUAAGACUUGCCCCAAGGGACUCAACCCAGGGAAGGCCAUCGCUGAGAUAAAGAAAAUGAUGGCAACGUACAAAGAGAAGAAAGCAGCAGCUACAUGAAUAUCUGAAAAAUCCUGAUGGCUCAAGAUCCGCUAAUAAUGAUACCUGAAACUAAGUUUAGAGGAACAGAAAAGCCACACAGGAACUUUUGAUUGCACAUUUUCAGGAUGUGGACGCCUUUCAUGAUUUUCAUGAGUGUGUGAGAAGUGAGCGUGUGUGUGUGUGUG